AGGUGGCGUCUUGGAACAGGGCUAGGAGUUUUGAACUCUUCGCGCCUGAGUCAUGGCGACAUUGAGUGUCAAGCCAAGUCAGCGCUACCAGCUGCCUGACUGGCGCAUCAACAGCUACCUGUUGUCCACCAAUGCCGAGCGGCAGAGAGAUGCUUCCCAUCAGAUCCGCCAGGAGGCCCGGGUCCUCCGCAAUGAAACCAACAAUCAGACCAUUUGGGAUGAACAUGACACUAAGACUCGACUGGCAGAGAGGAUUGACACCAUCAACCGGUGGAAGGAAAUGCUGGACAAGUGUCUGACAGACUUAGAUGCUGAGAUUGACUGCCUGGCACAGAUGAAGGAAUCAGCAGAGCAAAACCUGCAGGCCAAGAACCUGCCUCUGGACGUGGCCAUUGAAUGUCUGACCCUGCGGGAGAGUCGGCGAGACAUUGAUGUGGUAAAGGACCCUGUGGAGGAUGAGCUGCUUAAAGAGGUGGAGGUCAUCGAAGCCACCAGGAAGGUCUUGCAAGAGAAGAUUAGCCAGGCCUUCGAGCAGCUCUGCCUCCUGCAAGAAGUCCGGCAGCAGCUCAACUCUGACCACCGAGGCAAAAUGGAGACACUGGAUAUCGACAGAGGCUGUCUCUCUCUCGACCUCACAUCCCCAAACAUCUCUCUGAAGAUCAACCCCACACGUGUCCCCAGUGGCUCCACCACACUUAAGGAGUGGGAUGACUUCAGUCAGUUCAACAAGAACCACGCAGAGGCUGAGAUAAAAGCCGCCAUGGAGCUGAGGGAGACUAUCACCCUAACUAUUGCUCAGACCAACAAUGAACUCGAAUCCCAGAGGGUUGCAACAGAAUUUGCCUUCAGGAAGCGGCUGCGGGAGAUGGAGAGCGUGUACAGCGAGCUCAAGUGGCAAGAGAAGAACACCUUGGAGGAAAUUGCAGAGCUGCAGGAGGACAUCCGGCACCUGGAGGAGGAUCUGCGCAGAAAGAUAAUGAACCUGAAGCUGGCCCAUACCCGCCUGGAGUCCAGAACCUACCGGCCCAAUGUGGAACUCUGCAGGGACCAGGCACAGUAUGGGCUCACUGAUGAAGUCCACCAGCUAGAGGCAACCAUCACCAUCCUGAAGCAGAAGCUGGCCCAAACACAGGACGCUCUGGAUGCCCUGUACAAGCACCUGGCCCGGCUGCAGGCUGCCAUCGCCUGCAAGGCCAACUCCAUGCUCUUAGACAAAAAGUGCAUGGACACACGACGGAAGCUGACUGUGCCAGCAGAGAAGUUUGUGCCCCAGGUGGACACCUUCACCCGCACCUCAAACCGUCCCCUCAGUCCACUCACAACCUGCCAGCUGGAGCGAGCCUAAUGUGAGGGGGUGGGGGCUGAAGGAAACAGAGAAGGUUGGGUGGGAAACAGAAGUGGGGGAAAGAGUGAACCUAAUAAAUACACAUGGAGGUUCUCA